AUGGACAGCACAGAUAAUACUGCGCAAGCUGUCGACUAUACUGCUCGCUCUUUGGCCGCUGAAGUUGGCCUGGCACUGCUAGUUCUCACUUCUCUUCUCUGCAGCUCAUCAUCAGAACCUUUCACUCUCGACGACACAGCCUUAGUAUAUGUUGUUACGUAUACUGAUAAAGACGAUGCCUGGACAACUGCAGAAUCCUCACGGCUUACUGCUCGCCUGGUGGAAGCCAGCCUGGCCGACGAUAAGCUAGAUGAGUUUAUUACCCAGUGUCUGCUCCAUGAUACACUUCGGCCUCUAUUUUCCAAAUCAUCUACUAGGUUAACUGCCUCCGGAAGGCCAUUGCAAAUCUCUCGGCCGCCCAGUGGCAUGCAAUCUAUGACAUCGCUUGACAACAUCUCUCAGGAGCAUGAAAAACUCCACGCUGCAUCAGGUUUUAAAUGGGCAGUUAUGUCAUGCAGUAAAGCUGCGGUGGGCCGUCACUGGCCUUUGUUUCUUCCGAUUCUACUGUCACUAGUUGAAGACCACAAUACUGCUGUUCGGGUUAAAGGGCUGAGAAUUCUUGGCCACUUUCUAGACAAAUGCCCCCCAAACACAAUACUAUCUGCCGGCGUUGACAACGUCAUACAGGACGCAGUUUUCCCUACGCUGCUAUUUUUACCCUCCACGACACCUGAGAAUGAGUCUAUAGAACUCCUAUAUCCGGCGUAUCGUGUCCUCCUCCAGGUGGCACAGCUAGAUCCAGAUGUAAAGAGUUUACGAAGACGGCGUUUCCUCGACAAGCUUCUGAGAGAUGGAAUCUUUGUGGGACAUUAUCAUGCCUCACAACAUGCCCGAAUUGUUGAAGUUCUUAUGAACAUUACAAAAGAUAUCAUCUCAUGCCUGGGAAUCUUCACGGCCAAGCACCUUCAGGUAAACAUCAUUGGCAUUGUAAAUAUCAUCACCGCAGCCUACUGA